AAGGGAUCCCCCUGACGGUCACGCGACCAUGCAUAUUGAUAAUAAUAGCAACUGAAUCAAUGAUUUUACUUUUUAUUUGCCCAAAAAUGGAUAGUUUGGUAUCUUCCAGGACCAGAAUAUAUCCUCAACUGCUGUUCUUAGCCUUCACUAAGAUCAUUUUCUUCAAAAAGAGUUGAUUUACUAGUAUUUGCCAUAUAUUCAAGGAAAACGUGCUCAAGUAAUUCGUGGAACAAGUUCUAUCAUGUCGUCUUCAAAAUUAGAGGGUUUYAUAAAGACAACAAAUUCUACUUCACAAUCAACAAUAACAAGAUAUUUCUGUAAUUAUGUACUGUAUGCUACUGUCAAGGAAAGUUCUAUUCGUAUAUUGGACAUUGUUCUACUGGUGCCUAAUGCCCUCUUCAUGGUCUUCUUGUUCUUUGGACUAUCCAAAGCAUUACUCAAAUUUAAUCUUGUCCACUGCCCAAUUGUUAAAACAGUAUUUACUCUUGUUUUUGCAGUUUGUAUAACAGGGGUGAUUAAAAGUUUUGUAUCUAUGCUAUUGAGAACUAGUAAAAGAGAAAAGCACAAGAAUGAUCUUGUUAUCAAGAUUUUAUGGCUUAUUCUAAGGUGCUUAGUGCUUAGUGUUGAGAUGUGUGUUAUUAUUUUUGCCCUUUGUGCAGGAAAAGUUGACAGUAAGUAUGGUGUUAGAGCAGUUCUGCUCAUAUCAUCCACCUGCAUCAUUAUAUUCACCUCAACACAGGCUACUCUGGAAUUUACAUUACGGAAGAAUGAAAUAUAUGGAGGGCGUUACAAUAUCUUUGAGCAUGGUGGGAUGAUAUUUUGGUUUGCAAGUUCCAUUGUCUUUGCAAUUGUUUAUUGUGUUAUAAUAAUCCUGCCUUUUACACGUCUCAGGCAGCACCAUAUAUUCCCAAUGAAGAAGUCAUUUUACUGGUAUUGUGGGAUACUUUCAGUUUUAAAUAUUGUUCAGAGUAUAGGAAGUGGUCUUGUGGUGUUCUCUAAAGAACCAGUUGGAAUAUGUUUGGUUGAUAUCACAUCUAUCAGCUACUUCUCAUUAUUUGGUCCUUUUGUUUACCUAAUUUUCUUGUCUGAUUUCCUUCAAAGCAAAACAAGUCAUAUACUGACAUCAACAAGACAUUCAUUCUCCUAUCAACCUAUCCCAGAUAGUUUUUUGCCUCCAGAGGAAAUCAACGAUGAUCUCAGCAGUUAUGCCUACUAUGGAUCUAUUUCAUAAUCAACUGACUCAGGUCUCAUGAUUUUAGUGUUUUUGACAAUCCCCUUACCCUAUUAUGGGUUUACACUGCAAAGCUAAAGUAUAAAUUGAUUGCAAGUCAGCAUUAGUAAUGGAAUAUACAGUCAAUUCAAAAAACUUUGUCGUCGACCGGCUCAAGCUUACACGACUGGACCGAAAUGGAUAUGGGUAAAAAUCACUGAAGCGGUUAAAUAUUCAUUCUGAAUUAAUUGUUCCCGCUA